AUGAAAAAAAUAGAAUGUGACUUCGAAGCCCGACACGACGUUGUAGAUGUAGGCCGUGACGUUGUAGACCCCGUCGGCGGCGUAGACGUGCUGGAGGAGGGGCUGCUGGUCGCCAGGAUCCACGAACAGCAGGGUCUCCAAGGGCGUGGCGUCGCCCCAGUCGAUCCUGACGGAGGCGUUGGUCGGGAAGUUGGCGGCGGCCGUGUCGAUGAAGCGGAACCCUGUUUCACACCCACCAACAUACUCCACACCCGCCAGCAUACUCCACACCCACCAACAUACUCCGCACCCACCAACAUACUCCGCACCCACCAACAUACUCCGCACCCACCAACAUACUCCGCACCCACCAACAUACUCCGCACCCACCAACAUACUCCACACCCACCAACAUACUCCACACCCACCAACAUACUCCACACCCACCAGCAUACUCCACACCCACCAACAUACUCCACACCCACCAACAUACUCCACACCCACCAACAUACUCCACACCCACCAACAUACUCCACCCGCCAGCAUACUCCACACCCACCAACAUACUCCACACCCACCAACAUACUCCACACCCACCAACAUACUCCACACCCACCAACAUACUCCACACCCGCCAGCAUACUCCACACCCGCCAGCAUACUCCACACCCACCAACAUACUCCGCACCCACCAACAUACUCCACACCCACCAACAUACUCCACACCCACCAACAUACUCCACACCCACCAACAUACUCCGCACCCACCAACAUACUCCGCACCCACCAACAUACUCCACACCCACCAACAUACUCCGCACCCACCAACAUACUCCGCACCCACCAACAUACUCCGCACCCACCAACAUACUCCGCACCCACCAACAUACUCCGUACCCACCAACAUACUCCACACCCACCAACAUACUCCACACCCACCAACAUACUCCACACCCACCAACAUACUCCACACCCACCAACAUACUCCACACCCACCAACAUACUCCACACCCACCAACAUACUCCACACCCACCAACAUACUCCACACCCACCAACAUACUCCACAUCCUCUCCUCCACUUACUUUCUGACGGUAUGAGGAAGGCCAGCGUUGCAGCAUCGGGAGUAACCGUCCAUGUUGUAACGACCUCAUGCUGCACAUAG